CAUUUGUGCCGGACGAAGAGGAUGAUGGAAUUCCAGCUGUUUUAAAAUCUGCUGCGGGUGAUCAGCUGGUCGUUAAGGAGGUGGCCACGGAAGGUGUUGUCCCAUGGAGAGUCUACCAUGAAUACUGCAAGGCAGCUGGAGGCUACUUCAUCUGCUUCCUCACCCUCCUGAACAUUGUCCUGUUGAUCGGAAGCACAGCCUUCAGCAACUGGUGGCUCAGUUUCUGGCUAGGGCAGGGAGACGGGUCAUCCAAUAGGACAUCUUCAAACCAGGGUGACAUCUCCAAAAACCCAGAUUUGCAAUACUAUCAAACUAUUUAUGGAAUUAUGGUGGCCGUCAUGAUUUUACUUGCCAUGAUCAAAUGCUUCUUCUGGACUUGGGUCACAUUGGCGGCUGCCUCCAAACUCCACAACAGCAUGUUCAAGAAGAUUUUCUCCAGUCCCAUGAGUUUCUUUGACACAACGCCAGCAGGCCGCAUACUCAACCGCUUCUCCAAGGAUCAAGAGGAGGUGGACUGUGUGCUUCCCUUAAACAUGGACCCUUUCCUUCAGUUCAGUCUAAUGGUCACCUUCACCAUCAUCACCAUCUCAGCCGUCUUCCCCCUCAUGCUGGUAGCUGUGCUUGUCAUGGCAACCUUGUUCACCCUUAUUCUCUUUAUGUUCCAGAGGAGCGUCCGACAGAUGAAGAGGAUGGAGAACAUCAGUCGCUCUCCCUGCAUCUCUCUCACCACCUCCACCCUGCAGGGCCUCAGCACCAUCCAUGCUUACAACAUAAGAGAAAACCACAUACAGCUGUUCAAGACACUGAAUGACAUCAACUCCAACCACUACUUACUGUUCAACUGUGGAACACGUUGGCUCUCCUUCUGGCUGGACUUCAUGGCUUGCACCAUUACCUUGUUGGUGUCUCUGUUUGUGGUGCUCAGCAGUAAUGAAGACAUCUCUCCAUCUUUGAAAGGCUUGGCCUUGUCCUACACUAUACAGCUGACCGGCGUGCUUCAGUACGUAGUAAGACAGUCGACAGAGGUGGAGGCAAGAUUCAACUCAGUGGAGCGCUUGCAGGAAUACAUCACGGGUUGCAAGUCUGAAGCACCAAGACACAUAAAGGAGGCCCAGGCUGCACAGGACUGGCCAGAGAAUGGAACCAUCACCUUCCAGAACUAUAAGAUGAAGUACAGAGAGAAUACACCCAUCGUCCUGAACGGGCUCGAUUUCACCAUUCGAGGCGGAGAGAAGCUGGGCAUUGUGGGAAGGACAGGCUCUGGGAAGUCCUCUUUAGGCGUGGCUCUGUUCCGGCUGGUGGAGCCAGCAGAAGGAACCAUCCUGAUAGACGGCGUGGACAUUUCCUCCAUCGGUCUGCAUGAUCUGCGCAGCAAGUUGUCCAUCAUCCCCCAGGACCCUGUGCUGUUUAUUGGCACUGUCAGGUAUAACCUCGACCCUUUCAAUAACUACAAUGAAGAGGAGAUCUGGGCAGCGCUGGAGAAGACCUACAUGAAGGAGUCGAUAUCCAGACUGGAGGGGAAACUACAGGCAACAGUAAUAGACAACGGAGAGAACUUCUCUGUAGGAGAAAGACAACUGAUUUGUAUGGCUAGAGCACUACUCCGCAACUCCAAG